AGGAGAGUCGCCACGCACGCCGCCUUCGAGAGCCUGACGCUGCUGGUGAUCUCCGUCAACGCGCUGUGGAUCGCCAUAGACACCGACAACAACCCCGCCUCGACGCUGCUGACGGCCGAGCCGCUCUUCCAGAUUGUGGAACAUUCUUUCUGCUGGUACUUUUCCUUUGAGUGGUUCGUCCGGUUCAGCGCAUUCAAGAAGAAGCGAUACGGGCUGAAGGACGCGUGGUUCGUCUUCGACUCGUGCCUGGUGUUCAUGAUGGUGAUGGAGACGUGGGUGAUGACCAGCAUCCUGUUGCUUGCGGGCUCAGGCGGUGGCAGCGGCGUGGGCGGGGCCUCGAUCCUGCGGCUGUUCCGCCUGCUGCGGCUUUCCCGUCUGGCGCGGAUGCUGCGGUCCAUGCCGGAGCUGAUGAUUCUUAUCAAGG